AUAUAAGUACAUCGAACAUGGAGUAUCGUAUUUUGGUGUACUUUUUUUGUGAAUUGCGUGAAUAGAUGUUGUGGAGCGUCGGAAUGAGUGGCCGCAACCAAGAGCAAAUUGAGUGUGAAGCAAAAAUUGUAAAUUAGGUUGGGAAGGUUGUGAUUCUGCCCUCCCUCCCUUCCAAAAAGGCACAAGCAAUAAUAGUAAACAGCGCCACCAAAAGGGAAGCAAAGAAAUUACCAGAUGAAAAUGGCGAUUUCGUUAAGGUCGUGUGCAGUUAGUGUCCAGCAGUUGAGUGGAACGUUACGACAUUGGGUGGUGAAAAUUUGCAAUUGAGUCGAUCCUGAAGCAGUUUUCGAAGAAGAUAUCCAGUGAAAAAAUUAAAAUGACCGAGAAAGUCGAGCUUGAAAAUGCCGAAUUAGAGGCGGUUGGUACGCUUCCCCAAGAUGACGUCGCUAACGCCGAUGCGCACGCAUCAGCCAAAGCCGACGACGAUCCGAGGGUGUCCGAUUCGGAGGGUGUCCCGCCGAAGAAGAGGAAGACCCGUCGCGGGAAAUCCAAACGCAAGAACGUUCAUCCUUAUAGGAAAAGCGCUACAAGGACCUCAUCCUCGUCAAACAAUGUCGUGAAACCGGAGGCGCCGUACAACAGCAAUCGUUUUCUGAUAGAGGAUCACGGAGAUCUGGAUGGUAUCGACGAGGAGUUCAAGAAAACAGAUCAAGCAUCCACAUCCACUGUCACAAGAACCAGAGACUCUAGUUUCAGCGCUGACUCUGAUGGCGAGUUUUACUCCACACCAGAUGAUGAAGAGGUAUUUUUAAUCAAAGACUUUGAUUAUCAGUAUGAAAGUAUUCAAGCAGAGCGCCUUCAAGCCCUUAGCAAGGAUGAGCUCAUCAGAGAUUUCCUUUUACUGGAGAGCAAAUUUGAGAUACUCUCUAACCGGUUUCGUGCCAAGGCUUUGGAACACAAAAAUCUAGAAGCAAAGCAUGACAGUCACAGGGAAAUCCAACGUCUCACCCUGGAGAAUGAAAGCCUGAAGAGAGAGAAUGAGUAUCUGCGUACUAGGCUGAAUUCUAGUUCUGGCUCUGCAGACUCUGAGACUGAUUCCAGUGACACUUGCAGUUCCACAACAAGCAGCUUAAGUCGUCCUGAAUCUCCUGUUGAUUACAAGCACACAAAUGGACAUGUAGACACUGUUAAAAGUGUUUAGAUCGCUAGCAUUCUAUUGCCAAAAUAAUCGAUUAAUAACAAUAAAAGAAAUUUAAAUUCCUUGUAUGGCAAAAGCAGCAAUGCAUCUCAUUGCUUGUCUGUUGUUAUACAGGUAUGGUGAUGAUAAAUGAAAAUAUAUUUUCAAGUGAUAUUAAAUUACGUUUAUUAAAAAAAUUAAUAAAUCAAAAU